AUGACAGGAAAUUCCACAAACGAUGAUUCUAAGUUAUCUGUAGAAAUUAUCUUGUACAUUAUGCCGAUCACUGGAAUCAUCGCCAACACAUUCGCCAUUCUUUCCUCUGCUAGACUGCUUCAGCUACAACCGCUUAGCCCUAAUGUCUUCGUGCUUGGAUUAUCAUGCAUCGACUUGAUCUCCAUCACAUUUUUUUGUGUUCCAUCUUGGUUAUUCCACAUCAAAGGCGAAUGGGUUGGCGGGAAGAAACUUUGCGACUUCCAGGGAUUUGUCUUCCUAUUUUCGACGCUUUGUUCAGCGUUCUUAGCAACUUUAAUGGCGGUCGAUCGCUGCAUAGCCGUCACCAAACCAUUUUUUCAUCGCAAAACAAUGACAGUAAACAAGGCAAAAGUGCUACUGUCAGGAGCUAUAGCAGCGUCCUUGUUCGUCGCGUUUUUUCCCAUCUUGAAAUUUGGAAGCUUUAUGAGAAGCUCAAGUGGCUCUUUUUGUACUUUAAACUGGUUUCCGAAAAACGCGCUUGACCGCGCGUUCUGUGCGUUUUACGCAGUUCUCGGUGGUCUACCUGCGACCGUAGUCCUAUUUUGUAACAUAACAGUCAUCUGGGAACUGUUUAGAAACAGGAAACGGCGGGUAUCGGUGACGAACAUGAUUCUUCCUGGAGCACGACGGAUGGCACAGUUUAGAAACAUCGAACGAGAGGACACCGAAAUACAGUUCUCAAGAACGAUGGUACUAAUUUCUGUAGUGUAUCUCUUUGGCUGGAUUCCAUUCAUGGUAAGAAUUUAUCUAGUUGAAGUAUCUUGAGCAGAGUGUCGAAUCCCCCAAAAAGUUUGAAGUACCUCACAUUCAUAAGGCCUCAAAAACCUUUCAAAUAAUAUGCUCUCAAGGUAUGAAAAUGUAUAAGAUUAAGUUUAAAGGUAAAGAUCGGCUAAGUGAGCGAUAUAUUGACUACCGGUUAUUACGGUAAUUUUUUUUUAAAAAGGAAAAAAAGAAUAGAAUAUUUCUUAACAAUAGUUUUCGAUGAACGGCCAGACAAGUAAUAUUUACAACCCGAUUAAAUAUGUUCUGCCCUUUGUUUACUUUGAAUUCUUCAAAAAUACCUUAUAAAUUCGUGCUAUUAUCGAUUUGAUUACUCCAAAAUUGACUGAGAAAAAAAGGUGUUUGAAAAGGAUGAGGCGAGCUUAAAAUUUCGUUUGGAAGCUGUCCAUGACAAAAGGCCUGCGAAGCAACGCACAAAAAUAACGUUAUGGCUUUUGGAAAAAAAACAACAACAACAAAGAAAAACAAAGCAGAGAUCGAAUAUCUUCUGUUAACUUAUGAAAUAUUGACAUUUACCUAGGACUGACAGAAGGAACACCACUGUCAUUGAAGAAUUCUUGAUAAGUUUUAAACGUCUCUAUUAUUCAAUCGGCUCGAUCAAUCAGCAUUCAAUUUUCUAAACUUUCUUUAAAUUUAAAAACAGAAAAACAUAUGCGAAUAGAUUCAUGACCACGUACUAGCAAACCUUAUGUUCGCAUGACGUAACGUUUCAAUGGCAACCACGUUUGGAUUGACAAAUUGGCCAAAUUAAAAACCCCUUGUAAAUCCACUUUUGGUUCGAAAGCAUUGAUGGUAGGUUUUUUUUGCUGCCAAAAAUAUCCUUCCAUUACGAUUACUAACUUGUAAGCCAAAUUCAUUUCAAUGAAUGAUCGGACGCUGAAUUUUUUUGCCACUUUUCGCUUCAUAGCGCCAAAAAUUAAUUCACACUACCGGAUGAAAUAAUUUAUUUUUGUUUACUUUCAAGUUUUUUAAAUAUUCUGCCUGAAUGUUUAACUUUAAUUUAGAUUUGAUCACUCCAGAAUUUAUUUAUGAAAAGAAGACGUCCAGUUCACCGAAAGUUAAAAGAGAAACUGAAAAUAUUGGGGCAAUACUUGCUCAUGACGAUAAAAGCGUUCGCUAUCAAAUCGAUUCUUUUUUCAACCAAAACCUUUUUUUAACUCUAAUACUAACUCUACAAAGAUUGGUGAGAGAGGAACACUUGUUUAGUGAACCCGUUAGGAAAAUUUUUAAGCCUGUACCUUUGGAGUCCGUCGGAGCAAUCGGCAUCGUAUCAAAAUCAAAAUCAAUCGUGAAGACAAUCUUGUCAACUCAAAGGUAAACUUAUGUCUGCAAGAAAUGAGGUUUCCUGGAUAACUAGGUUUCGAAAGCUCACUCGAAUUAGUCACAUAAUUCAUUCCUUUUAUAUCUUCCUUUUCUUCGAGAGAACUGAUAAGUAGUACUAAAAACGUCGAUUCAAUGUAAUUCUCAUGAGCUCUCUUCAUUCUGAACAGUUCAGGAAUCACCCCCUAUGGUCGGGUCUGCCGAAGAACAUUAUUUGCUUUUCAUCCACCAAUAUUUCCGACCUCUACGCCUGGUUUUGACUGAUUGUGUUAUAAAUAAUAACAGAGAAUAACAGAGCCCAGAAGCAUGUAUAACUCUUCAACGAACUUAUUUUAUUCUUAGCCAAUCAGAUGAUUAAAAUAGACCGAUGUGAACACCCUCGUUCGCAAAAUUUCCCGCGCUUUUUCAUCGAAAACCAAGCUUUGCUGCAAAUCGUGAUUGGUUCGUUGCACGAUUCAUCAUCACCGUGAUUGGUCUUAAGUCAGCCUCCGUUUUAGUCUCAUGAAAGCCUUCUGGAACCCUAGAAUACUGGUCAUUUCUGAAAAUCCGCCUUAAUUUUUCAGGUCCGUCUAAUAGGGAACGCUUUUUACCACUGGGAAAACAGCACUGCAGAUCUUCUUGUCUGCUCGUUUCUUCUGCUAAACUUCAUCGCUGACCCUUUUAUGUAUGUCCUUACACGAAAACAAUAUCGUCAAGUACUUAAGAUGAUGUUAUUGUGUCGAUGCAAAGGAAGGCUAAACAAUCGUGUUUUUCCCAUCACCGGUCACAGGUAAGAAAACUUCCAGUUGAAGGAACUGACCAACACAGCGGUCAAACGUAGUGCAUGCGCAAAGGGGAUCAAUUUUGGCCGGCUGCACGCCAAUUUCCCGCGCAAAAUUUCAUAAGAAAACAUAAGACACAACCGCUGUCACGCUAAACAUGCGAAAAAAUCAUUGACACGUUCAUAUAAAUUUGUAAAGGGAAACACAAGUUGGAAAAAGGAAAACUCGAGACCUUUUGCUGCUAACAAGGAGGAUUUUUUUCCACUAUUUUCUUGACCUUAAUGUAUGAUUAAGAGGCGAUACUUCAAAGGGAAAUCAGAUGGUAGUCAAUCUUAGAGGCUCAACCUUUCAGCUCAUCUUCUCGAAGCGAAGCGGUCAACUACUAACAACAGAUAAAAGUUGAUGGUAAUAUAAUAUUUCUACCCCAGAGUGUGUGCUAUUCGAAAAAUUCCACGAUUUGUCCGAAUCAUGCGCUAACAUAGCCCAAAAUCAUCGGUUUAUAACGUGCAAAAAGAUUCAAGUUGAGAGGCUAAUCUCAGAACCGCUUGAUCGAAUUAUGACGAACCUCACUUCAAUUUGUAAAAAAGCAAACUAACCCUACCCCAGACGUUAUGCCAUUCAUAAUUGAGAGAAGAGAACCUAGAUAGGUCUCGCUUCUUUUUCUUUUUUGCGAUGAAAAGUUGUAGACAUUCUUUUUGCAUCAUACGAAUCUUUCCCCGACUCUUUCGGGGUAUUUGUAUACGUUCAACUGCUAAAGGUGAUAUGUUUCAAUAUUUGCCCUCUUAUUUCAGUCAACAUCCCAGCAUAUCAUCAGCGAGUCUGCAAGCCCUUUGUUUCUCAGCAAAUGAACAGCAGCUGAAACAACUACGGGAGAUAUUGAAGAGUGCCUCACCACAUCCAUCCAGAAUGGAAGACAGAGAUAAACAGAAAGACAAGACCAGUUGUCUUGAAUCCACUCAGCCGCUAGGAAAUACAGGAAACCUUCCUCAACAAACCGAAUGCUUCUAG